GAAAUCGCAAGAGUUGACCCUAAUUUGCUUGAUGAUAUAGUUAACCAACUCAUAAAAAACAAUAGGCUUGAUGAAAUAACUUCAAAGAACAUUAUACAAUUACGCGAAAUUUUUAUGGAAGAGCUGGUCAAGGCUUAUGCCAACUUAUCAUUUAGUGACGAGGAUGAAGAAUGGGAAUGUUCGCUUAGUCAAAUAAGUAAAAAUCUUCCAUCUUCACCUUUAGCAUCGAUAUCAAAAUCUCCAAUUGAAAAUCCUUGGAUUACAAAAAAUCACUUAUCUACUAAAAUGCCAGGAGAAUAUGAAAAUUAUGUCGAAGGAAAAACUUUUUUGGAUAAAUUUGAGAUUAUUCGAAUUUUAAAACCAUUCGGACCGAUUGAACCAACAAAUAAUCUUUGGAACAAUAUUAGAAUUAACUGUGGUGUAAAGACUCAUGAAGUUUUGCGUGAAGCUUGCAGAGAUUACUUUUCAACUCUCUCAAAUGUGAACGCUUUUGUUGAGAUGACAAGGCUAAUAAACCGUAAUCUCGUCAAUGUAUGGUCUUUAAGUUCAAAGGAAUUUCCAAAAAUUGGUUCCGGAGUCCACGUUCUAUAUUCGGGAAAUGUUAUGCUUAAAGAAAAUAAGUUGAUCUUAACAUUAAAUCCUCCCAAGUUAGGUACUUCCAAAAGAUAUUAUAGAAUGUUAUCAUCCGAAAGAUUUUUACAUUUAAAGGUUAAGGAUAUCAAUCACUUGGAUGAUAAUCAAAAGCUAAGAUUGAAAAAAUUUCUGUUAUUUCCUCUAUCGUUGGCGGGAAGAAUAUAUGAAUUUUUAUACGCUAAAUCUGAUAAGCUAUAUUUUUUUGCAACAAGUGGGUUAGACAUUCCUGAUCAUAUUUCAAUUUGGCAAGCGAUUAAUUAUAAUUUACCAAUAGAGAUCAACAAAAAUAUGACAGCUACGAAGUUUUUCUCUCGUAUAUCAUUAGGAUUUUCUAAUUCCACACCUUCGAUCAUCUUUGAACAAAAAGAAAUCCGAUAUGUUAAAGAUAUUACAAUCAAUGGUUGUUGUUACACUGAUGGAUGCGCUGCAAUAUCUCCAGCUGCUAUGAAAGAAGUAGGUGAAAUUUUGGGAUGUCAUGAAACUCCUUCCGCAAUCCAAGGCAGAAUUGGGGGUGCAAAAGGCGUUUGGUAUAUUGACCCACACAAAGACUUGAGUGGCAAUAAGUGGAUUGAAAUACGUGAAUCUCAAAUAAAGUAUAAGCAUAAUUUUGAUAGUAAUUUUGUUCACUUACGAACUUUAGAAGUUUUACACGUCGCAUGCUCACCAACAUCUCCUGGUGCCCUAAAUAGUCAGUUCAUUAUGGUUUUAGCUAAUGGUGGAGUAUCAGUUAGUGUUUUUUUUACAAAAAUGAAAAAUUAUAUUGAAAAAACCAAAUCUGAGGUUGUUGGAUGUGAUGAUCCACGCGCUUUAAUAGCUUGGAUGACAAAAAAUACUAAUGUCAUGAGAAAAAGAUUAGAGCGUUUGCACGAUCAUUUCAAGGAUGAAUCAGAUGAUGAAAAUAAUGAAAUAGAUUCAUCAAUGGAUUUAGGAUCUGAGAUAUAUGCCAUGUCGGGAUUUCCAAAUAGUCCAUCUGAAAAAUGUAUUCAGAUGUUACAGGCAGGAUUCACACCUUCAACAUGUCCUUAUCUGGCAAAAAAUUUAAAAAUUGUACUUUCUUCAACAUUAAAAUCGCUUUUUACUAAGUAUCGAAUAAAUAUUCCUUCGUCUCGCUUUUUAAUUUGUAUUGCCGACCCGACAAAAACUUUAAACCCGGGAGAAGUUUUUAUUCAAUUAAAUAGCGGAGCAGGACGUGAUGAAAGUACUGGAUUGCCAUUUGGAAUUAUUGAAGGUGAAGUGAUCUUGGCUAGGAAUCCAUGCAAUUUACCUUCCGAUAUCGUUAAAGUCAAAGCGGUCAAAAAUGCGAAUUUGUGCGAUUAUCAUAAUGUUGUUGUAUUUCCUGUAAAUGUUGAUUUGAAAGACAAUGUUCCAUUAGCAACUCAUUUAAGUGGAGGUGAUUAUGAUGGUGAUAAGAUUUUUUGCUGUUGGGAUUCGGAAAUUGUCAAAGGUUACAAAAACUCCCCACUUUUACCACUCGAUUCAAGAGUCAAAAAUGCGUUUGAAGAAAAUAAAGAAAGUAUAGAUUACUUGUUAUCUUCUUCGGAUUCCAGCCAAAUUGGAUCUAAGUUACAAGAAAUUAUUUUGGAUAAUUAUUUUAAAGACCUAGAAACACCACGCGGUCUUUAUGAUUAUUGGCAUAAACUUCAAUCCUCCGAAUUCGAGAUUCCCAAUAAAGAGUCAGUUUAUCUUGCUCAAAUGUGUGCACAACUUAUCGAUGCUACUAAGCAAGGACUUACUAUCAGACCAAGCGUUCAACAAAGAGAUAGUGAGAUAUUCGGAAAACUUUCAGUUCCUUAUUGGAUGGGAAAAGAUCACAAUAGUUUUAAGGAUCGAUGUAACAUCAAAAAGCAAGAAGGCACCAAUAGAGGUAACUUUGGAGUUAAAAGUAUGAUGGAUAUAUUAUGUUUCUCGAUUGAAAAAGAGAUGAAUCAAGUGAAUAGCAAAGAUUUUUCAGUAACGGAAAUGAAAAGAGGACCAGAUCCACAUAUUUAUAAAUUCUGGUAUAAUGAACUGACUCGUGCUCAACAAAUGGAAGAAAGUUUAUAUGUGGAAGAUUUGAACCUUAUUUCAACGCAUGCUUUACAAAUAGCCCAAAAUUACAAUAAAAAAUAUGCUCAAACAUUCUGUGAUCGGGAUAGAAAAGAAACUGAACAACGACCAAGUCAAUAUAAGUUAAAUGAAGAACUUAAAGGCAUUGAUUACGAAUGCUUAACAAAAUUUUUAAACACGCCGCCAAUUGAAAAAUAUAAAAGUAGUAUUUUAAGAUCGUUGAAAGACCGAAAAUCAACUAUUCGUGAAGAUCCACUUUCAAUUUUCGAGUUACAAUUGAAAGCUGCUUCGCUCUAUCUCUCUUCGUUUAGUAAAAAACCGGAUGGACAAGUUUGUUGGGUAAUUGCAUUUCGUAUUUUAUGCAAUAUUAAAUCACAAAUGUUAGAGAGUGAACGAAAUUUUUCUGUUGGGGGUCCAAGAUCGAUAAUUGAUGAUGUUUGGCAAGCAUUAAUGAUAGAUAAAACAUUCUUAAAAUAUAGAUAGUCUAAAUAAAUAUUGAAUACGUUGACUGAUGGCUAGUCCUUGUAUAACUUGAAUUUAUUUGUCCAAUCAUGUUAUUUUUCCUCUACUUUUUUUUCUUGCGGAUAUUUUUAAUGUGUAUAAAAUUUUGUUGAUUGUUG